AUGUGUCGGCAACCCACCAACAACUCUAGCCCUCUCUCGGCGGCGUGCUGCUGUGAGCCACCCACAUCCCCCGGCCGCCACCGAGACGACGAGCAUGCUACCAUUCUCACCCCCUUCAUCCCCAAGCCCGCAAGUCCACCGUCGCCGCCGCCUCCCCACCAUGGCGCCACGGACGCCGUUGUGGUCGUUUCCCUGCCGUCCGACCUCUGCAAGAAGUCCCACGGUCGUCACCGGGCGAUCGAAUUCCUGGAGGAGGUCAGGGCCAUCCUAGCCAUCGCGAUGCCGAUGGUGCUGACCGGCCUCCUCCUCUACUCCCGGUCCAUGGUUUCCAUGCUCUUUCUGGGCCGCCUCGGGGAACUUCCCCUGGCCGGCGGCGCCCUGGCCAUCGGCUUCGCCAACAUCACCGGCUACUCCAUUCUGUCGGGGUUGGCAAUGGGGAUGGAGCCCAUUUGCGGCCAGGCCUUCGGGGCCAACCGCAAGCCCCUCCUUGGACUCGCCUUGCAGCGCACCGUUUUCAUGCUCCUCUGCGUCUCCGCCCCCAUCGCCCUCCUCUGGCUCAGCAUGCGCCACAUCCUCGUACUCUGUGGCCAGGACCCCGCCAUCUCCGCCGCCGCUCACGAGUACAUCAUGGCGUCCCUUCCGGACCUCAUCCUGCAGAGCUUCCUCCACCCGCUCCGAAUCUACCUCCGUACGCAGUCCAUCACCAUGCCACUCACCUUCUGCGCCGCCGCCUCCCUCCUCCUGCACCUCCCCAUCAACUACCUUCUGGUCCCCGUCCUCGGCCUUGGCAUCCGUGGCGUCGCCCUGGCCGGUGUCUGGACCAACCUCAACCUCGUACUCUCCCUCAUCACCUACGUCCACUUCUCCGGCGUAUACCACCGGACGGGGGGCUUCAAACUGCUGACGGCGGAGGUCUUCCAGGGCUGGAGAUCCCUGCUUAACCUGGCGGUUCCCAGCUGUAUCUCGGUCUGCCUCGAGUGGUGGUGGUACGAGAUCAUGAUACUUCUCUGCGGGCUGCUGGCCAACCCCAAAGCGACCGUGGCCUCCAUGGGUAUCCUCAUCCAGACCACCGCCUUCAUAUACAUUUUCCCCUCCUCUCUCAGUUUCGGCGUCUCCACCCGCGUCGGGAACGAGCUCGGAGCCAACCGUCCCAGCAAGGCGCGGACCUCCGCCCUCGUCGGCCUCUCCUGCAGUUUCGUGCUAGGCCUCACCGCGCUAGGCUUCGCCAUGUCCGUGCGACACUCGUGGGCGGCCAUGUUCACGGCGGACCCCAGCAUCAUUGGGCUGACGGCGGCGGUGCUCCCGAUCAUCGGCCUCUGCGAGCUCGGCAACUGCCCGCAGACGACGGGCUGCGGCGUGCUGCGGGGGAGCGCGAGGCCGCGCGCCGGUGCGAACAUCAACCUGGGGUCCUUCUACGGCGUGGGCAUGCCCGUCGCCAUGGUCCUCGCCUUCUACGCGGGGUUCGACUUUGAGGGCCUGUGGCUCGGCAUGCUGGCCGCGCAGGCGACGUGCGUGGCUCUUAUGCUGGCCGUCAUCGCCCGCACAAACUGGGCCACGGAGGCCGACCGCGCGCAGAAGCUCACCGGCGCCUCCCAGGAGGUAAUUGCCGUCCACCUCGGCGACCACCACCACGGCGACGUGCAAAAAAUCCAGGGGAAGCCCUCCGCCCCCGCCGCGACGGCGACGGCCCGCGCUGAUCGGGUGGAUGAUGAUUCAUCGGGCGUAGUUAGUAUCAGAAUUGAGCAACCCAGCAUUGGGCUAACUUAG